AUGCCUGAUCAACAAUUAAUUUCGACCAAGUGUGAUCAUCAUGGCAUGGAACAAUCCAAUAAGAUGGAAAGCAAUAACUCUUCUCCGCGAAAUACAGUCUACAACAUGCAAUAUGAAGAAAGAUUGGCGCUGACAGCCCUUCCUCCCUUCUUUACACCCAUCCGACUGCAGGAUCACUCAUCUUCUAUCAUUAAUUACGACAGAGAAAGAUUCAUGAUAGUCACUUGUAAAUAUAACCCCCAAUAUUAUUCAGGAUGCGCCUCGUUACCACUGGAAGAGAAUGUGGUGUAUUGCGUCAAAGUAUCCUUAAACAUGCAGUCAACUAGUCAAUUAAUGAAAGACGCUGAAGUAUCAAAAUAUUUGAAUAAUUCUCUUGAAGACAAACAAGUGAUUCCAAAGCUGUACGCAUACCUCAGUGAUUACUUGAUACUUGUCAGAGAAUUUGUGAACGCAAAAAACCUUAGAUUUUUGAUCGACAAUUCCUUACCGUUAUCUGACAAACCAUCAACAGAGAAUUUGCAACGAAUACUCGAUUAUGCCAUCAGGAUAUGCUAUGCAAUUGACCAAAUUCAUGCACAACGAGUGUUUCAUGGUGGUAUUAGACCCGAAAACAUAAUCUGUGAUGAAAGAAAUGUAAAAUUAAUAGACUUGGGCCAUAGCGACUUUCUACCUCUGGAUAGUCCGUUUGUGUACACAGAUAAACCAAUUGGUUCAGGAUUGUACAUGUCGCCUGAAGCUACUGGGCGUUUACCAAAACCGCUUGGUUUUCAUUGUGACAUUUACAGUUUUGGUUUUGUAUUAUUUGAAAUGAUUGCAGGAGAGCAUCCUUUCAAUCGCAAUAACAUGUCCAAUGCUGAUUUAAUGUACUACCAUAUCACACAACAACCGGAAUUAUUGUAUAAUAAUUUAUUGAGACGAAACAUGUUAAGCAGUACCAAUUCAUUGUGUUCACAAGCCGUUUACGCUAUGUCUCUUGUCAUUUCCAAAAUGAUUCGAAAGGCUAUUGAGAAAAGGUAUGCAAGUAUUCAGGGCGUGAUGAAAGAUUUAGACUAUAUUUUGAAAUGCCUUCACAAUAAUUCAGAGUCUAGUUUACAAAACUUUGUGCCAGGAGAGCAAGAUAUCCAAACGUCGAUCAACAUUCCUUAUAAAGUGUUUGGUAGAGAUGAAUUAUUACAACAAAUGAAUGCGGUAUUAACCGAAACUAUGGGCUCUAAGUUUCCUAAUGUAAUUUUAUUAAGAGGACACAGUGGGAUCGGAAAAUCAUGUUUAGUUCGAGAGUUCAGAAUCAGAUGCGGGCAAGAAUUGGCUUAUUAUGAAGCAAAAUAUGACCAACACCAUAACGUUCCUUUUGCGUUAAAUCAAGUCUGUAGUUCGAUGAUUAAUUCAAUUUUAGGAGAACCAGAAGACAUAAUUUCAAACUUUCGAAAACAAUUAACCUCAGUAUUGGGAUCUAUGCAAAUUGAAAUGCUGUGUGAGUCAAUACCCAACAUGAACGCAAUAUUUUCCUCAUUCGAAAAAGGGACACAUACUCUACAAUGCAAGCAGCAUGAUGAGGCCAUGCGAAUGUAUUGUCAGUCAGUUAUUUACCUGUUACAAGUUUUCAGUCAAAGAAAAAACCAGCUUUUAUGUAUUUUCUUAGAUGACCUGCAAUGGACGGAUUAUGAAAAUCUGAAACUAUUGAAAGAGAUGAUUGGAUUAGGAAGCUGUGAAACCUUUCCAUUUCUAUUGAUAGGCGCCUUUCGAGAUAAUGAAGUUUAUACGAGUAAUAGCAUGCAUCCCUUACCGUUUUUCAUUGAGUCCAUACGAUCUCAAGCCCACAUCAUCGAGAUUGAGGUUAAAGAGUUAACACCAGAUGCAUGUAAUUUAUUAGUGGCAGAGUCACUGAGCAGACCUCAACAAGAAACCAAACGACUGACACAAAUAUUGCUUUCAAAAACUCAAGGCAAUCCUUUCUUCUUGAAACAGUUAUUAGUGUCCUUGUUUAAAGAAGGAAUAAUAUUUUUCAGCAGAACUUUGAAAAUGAUGUCCUGGAAGCUAGGAGAGAUUGAAAAGAAAUCAGUUACUCAGAAUGUACUCGAUUAUUUAUUGCUGAAGCUUGAUCAAAUUCAACCAAUAACAAGAACACUGUUGGGCUAUGCAUCAUGUAUUGGAAACAGAUUUUCUUUUGCCGAAUUAAGAGACUUGUUGAAUAUCAAAAGAAAAGCACCAUAUUCUAUUUUAGAUGUAAAAGAAAUGAUUGGAGAGGCAAUCACAGAAGGAUGGGUUGCAUAUUUGGAUUCUAACAAUUUGCAUUUUACACAUGACAGGCUCCAACAAGCAGCAAAUAAGAUAUUUCCACCUGAGGCCAACAACACAGUUCACUACACGUUUGGUAAAUAUUUGUUGAGAAGAGCAACAGCCAACAAUGGAGACAUUGCAUUGGAUGAACAUAUUUUUGAUAUUGUUGUUCACUUAAAUCACAGAUCACAUGAUGACAAAAUUCUAGGACAUGUCGACAAGAGAAGACAUCUAUUGAGUUUAAACAAAACCGCUGCCAAAAAGGCCAUCAAUAGUGGCGCCGUAGAGCAAGCUCAGAGUUUUGUCGACACUGCAUGGACAUUGCUACAACAAGAAACAAACAUAUGGGAAGAGCCUUUUUAUAAUACCGCUUUCGAACUCUUAAUUGAGAAGGGAAAUUGUGCUUUUGCAAGCGAUAUUGAAUCUGGUUUGUCCAUAUUCAACAUUGCAAUUCUAAAAUCCAAAACCAGACUUCAUCUCUAUGAAGCUUGUUAUCAUUCCAUUCUGGCAUAUCUUGCACUUGGAAAAUAUGAAUGUGUGUAUGAAGUCCUGAAAAACAAGAUAUUCCCGUCGAACGACGAGCUCAAAUUUUUAACUUACACUUCUGAAGUCGACCAAUUGAAGAGCUGGAUGGACAUCAAGAUGACAAGGAUGACAAAUCAGUUACUUCAAAACCUCACUAAACAAGAUAUUAUGCAAUUACCAGAUUUGAAAGACGAAGAACAGAUUUACCUGAUCAACAUUCUGGUAAUGAGCUCCCCAGGUGUAUUUAAUACAAGAACAAGAAGCAGCAAGUACGUUUAUAUGGUCCUUUUAAUGAUUGCUGCAGAAAUCAUUCUUCAACAGGGUUUAUGCCUAACAGCCCCACAUGCCCUUGGUUGUUUUGCAUGGUAUUGCAAUACUUUUUGGUUUCUCCCAAGUGUGAACAUACUAAUUGAUGCUGCUAUUGAAAUAUCUCGAAACAGAUAUAAGAAUUCGCAGCAACUAGCUUUAUGUUUGGAAAGGAAUGAUAUAACCACCUCUAUUCUUUGGAGCAAAAGAGUAGUAGAUAUUUUCAAGCAAAUGGGUAAUUUGAUGCUUCUAGAUGCUAGUAAUAUGGUAUUAGAGAUGAAACGAGUAGCAUGUGGAGAAAGCGAACACUUUUCCCCAGUUUAUACCUGUGAUGUAACGAGUUACCAUUCCUUUAGGCAUGUACAUUUUACAUGUCAAGGAAUUUCCUAUUUUCUUCAACAAAACAUUUUGGAGGCGUUCAAUAGCUUUGAACAAUCCAACGAAUAUCUGGAGGAUUCGUUUGGUUUGUGUAGCGCAUGGAUGAACGCUUUGUUCAAAGGAUUGACAGCGUGUGAAUACAAAAAACGUCUCUUGAAGCAGGACGAGGCUGUGUCUUCCACCUUGAUUGAGCGGUGUGACAAGAUGAUUGAAGACUCUUUAUCUAUUUUGAAACGGGUCUCCAAAUCAAAUCCAUUAAUAUUUCAAUGCUCAUACGAAUUGAUUAAGGCAGAGAGUUUGAGCUGCAGACAAAAAUGGGAUUUACUAACCACCAACAAAAUUGUCUCGACAUUUAAUCGAUGCCUCAAGCAUGCAAUACAAGAACGUAACCAAUUCAUUGUGAAAUUGGCUCAUUGGAAAAUCGGUGAGCUCUAUAAGGAACUUGAUAUGGAAGACUGGAUUUCUGGUAAACACUUCUCAGAAGCUUUUGAUCUAUUCAAUGAAAUGGGAGUCACAGUACUUGCAGAUUAUAUUUGGGAAAAUUACAAAUUGCAGAUUGAGGCCUAUCAUCAACAAACUACCUCUUUCCAAAUCAGUCAUGAGGUCUCUGCUUGUACAAAGGAUCAUCUGGCAUCAUCAAACAUAUCACCAUGCGACAGUGACAUUGAAACCAUUGCUGAAUCGAACGAAUUAGAUUUCAAGGAAAUCUUCAUAUCGAUUCUACCUCUCAUUUGUGAACAUACAGCUGCCACCAGGUGUUGCUUGUUGUUGAAAAGAAACUCAACACUAUUUUUUGAUGCCGAAUUUAAUACUGUUCUUGAUUCAGGUGGAAAUACUAAUCUACAACUCGUUGAAAACACACCACUCAACGGACCAAUGUCACAUUUUUUACCUGUCAAGAUGAUUUAUCGAACCCUUAGAACCAAGAGGGAACAAAUGUUAGAUCCACAUGAACACCUUACAGAGAACAACUAUUAUCAAGAGCAUGAAAUUGCCUCCGCAUUGUGUCUUCCAAUCAUUCGGGAUAGAAUUGCCGUUGGCUGCAUUUAUUUAGAACACAAAGAAAUGCAAGGCGUGUUUUGUCCUGAAAAAAUUAGCGCAGCUAAAUUAAUUAUUUCCAUUAGUAUCGAUAAUGCAGCAACUUUCACAUCCAUUAACAAGUCAUAUUCUCGGUUUAUUCCAUCUGAAUUUUUAUCACUUCUUGGAAAGAGUCAUGUCACAAAAGUAAAUGCAGGAGAUGCUGUCAAUCGACCACUUACUGUCGUAUUCGCAGGUAUUUAUGACUUGACAGAAUUAAUAGAAAGAUUGUCUGCAAAGGACAUUUUUCAAUUUAUGAAUAAGCUUUUUUUGAAGAUUGCUCCAAUUAUAUCCAAACAUCGAGGAUUUAUUGACAAAAUAGGUGAUGGAAUAAUGGCUUUAUUUCUAGAACCACAGUUAGCAGUGAACGCUUCGUUAGAAAUGAUUUCCCAAUUGGAUAGCUUUAAUAGAGAUCAUCUUUUCAAUAUCAACAUAGGGAUUGGAAUUUGUAAUGGAAUGGUGAGUGUUGGAACGGUUGGUUAUCAACAAAGAUUGGACAUUACAGUCAUUUCAGAUACCGCAAAUAUUUCUUCACGAUUACAGUCUCUAACUCGGUCUUUCAAGUCUCGAAUUUUAGUCACAGAGAGCGUCAUCAAUUCCAUUCAGUUGUCAUCAGACCAUGGUUGUGCCACCUAUCUUGGAAAAUUUCUGUUAAAAGGAAAACAUGUGGCCACUGAUGUGUACGACAUUAAGGGAACACAAUGGCCGAAUUAUGUUUUUGAUGAGAAUGUUCAGCAUGGCUUGUCCCACAUGGUUCUCUCAUUUCAACUCAAAGAUUUUGAAGAGUGUUCGAAAAUAGCCACACAACUCGUACUUUAUGGAAAUCCAGUAGUCGUUGCCAAAGCUCAGAAAUAUUUGUGUGCAUGUACACUUUAUUCAGCAACAACCCUGCCUGAAAAUUGGUCAGGAGAAAUUCGAUUAAGCAAAGAGGGAGAACCAUACCCCAUGUAA